AAGGUGCGUGUGCGCAUGCGCGUCGACCUAUCGCUUCACUCGAGCCACGCUCGGGCCUCGGUGUCAGAGUCAGCACAGUGGUGCGGCGCCCGUGCUGAGGGUUGGUGUUUCUCGUCUCAGUCAAGGCGACAGACCGAUUCCUAAAAUAUUAAUCGAAAAAUGUGCACUACAUAGUCCACAAGGGAGAAUUUCGAGAGAAGAAGAUGAUUGUCACGUGCGUUUUUUUGACCAGGACCAUCAACCAGCAAUACAAAUUCAGUACAAAGAAUUAAUGAAAACAAAGAAAAAGAAAGAGAAAUUAACGAACAAACUAAGAACAACUAACAAACGAAGUUAAAAGAAGAUAAAGUAGAACGAGAUGAAAAAUUAAAGAAGUUACGAGAGAGAGUUGCAUUCGCGACGAGUAAAAUUAGAAGGAACAAAAGAACAAAGUGAGAGCGAGGACAAUCUUCAACCAAAGUUACCUAAUUAAUUAAACGAUUAUCGAUCGAAUUCGUGCGACCACAGAGCUCGAAUCGAUUUUACGUAUUUCUAUUGACGACUGAAAUGUAUAUUCAUCUAUAAUAUUAUUGAAAGUUGAUAACGAGAGAUUAUUAUCGAUUACUGUUAAUGUUAAGAGAUAUUUGCUGUUUACGAAACGAUAACGAGAACGAAUAUUUUUCAUUUCAUUUAUUGUAUUUCCAUUUAGUUUUGUAAGAGAGGAGCGAUUUUUAUUACUACCAGUGAAACGAGAAUACAAUCAAUUACAAAAAAAAAAUAAAUAAAAACUAUAAUAUAACGAAUAAGGUUAGACGCAUUUAAUAAAUUAUAUAUAGAUGUUAAAAGUAUAACUAUACGAAAUAGUUUGUGUCAAUGGGGUCCACGUUUUAAAGAGAUUAUAAGAGGAAAUAGAUUUGUUUUUAUUGUUACUAUUUGUAGCAAGAGAAAAGAGUAUCUCAAAAAGGAAAAGAGAGAGAGAAAAGGAUAAGUUAAAUAGGAAAGAAUACCUACUGAAGAUACGAGAACAGGUCGCAGAAUAUUUUCGCGGAAGAGCGAGUAUUAUUUUGAGCUGCGAUACUAAAAGUCAUCAAAAUGAAUCUCGAAGUGGAGCUCAUCGCGGGGGUGAUCAAGGGCGAACCGCCCCCGAAACACUUACCUGCGCCCAGGCUGAUUAAAAUCUUCAUCGCUGGAGAACGGAAUGAAUUUGUAGAGGAGAGGAAGCAGUUACUGGAGCUCGUUGGACCAGAAUUACAAUCGAUAUAUGAUUGCAUGGGAAUCGAGGUUCUCUUGGUGGACAUGCAAUACGCAACGAACGUAAAUCCUGAUAGAAAUCCAUUCUUAGCUGAACAUUUUUAUAACGAAAUACACGCCGCUUAUCAACACUCGAGGGGCUGUUUUUUACUGCUGUUGGUGGGAGAUGAGUACAACGUCGGAUGGUGUCCGACAAAAUUUAGCGUCGACAGUUAUGAGAUUCUCUCUAGUCGUUGCUCUGUAAUGGAAGAGCAUUAUGUGCGCGAUGGCGAUUGGUAUAUCCUGAAGGCUGGCAGACUGGGGACAGCAAGCACCAGUUGGCAAAGCGAGGAACCAAAACUGAGAGAAACCUUAAAGAAAGCUGCGGAAUCUAUUGUUUCUGAAAAAUGUGAUAACGAAGAAAUCAGAAACAUAUUGAAAAGCAGCGCUGAGAGACAACUCGAGUAUGCCUUAGGGUUAGAUGAAUCACGAGAAGGUAUCAUGGCUGUGAUACGCACAUGGAAAGGCAGGAAGAGUUCAAAGGGAGCGACGUCGCUGAAAUCUCUUAUCGCGAAUAAUCUACCGCCAGACAAUAUAAUCAACGUAGAAGUAGAUCCGAAGACGUGUGGGAUCAAUCCUGACAGAGUUCACAAGGGUUACUUGUCGCAUCUUUGUCGUUUGGUCGUCAACCGACUUCAGAUACUUGUCAACGCCUCCAUUGAAGAGCAUCCCGAGAUAAAGAGUAAAAAGAAGAUGGUGCAAGAAAUUUAUGCGGAGAGUUUGAUGCAUCUUGCGCUCCUAAGGGAAAUCAAACCCUGCGAUGAGAAUGAACAUGUUGAACGUAUCAAGGCGCUUCUAAUUUCUGGUAAAUCACAGAAGCAUACACCAAUACUGAUCAAAGGGGGCAUGUAUUCUGGCAAAUCAGCGCUGCUUUCAAGAAUUUAUAUGGACGCUUCGUUGUGGUUGGAUUGUGCAACAUUCAAGGUUGUUCGUCUCUGCACUUCAACCCCUAGGUCGGCUUACAGUCUAGAAUUAUUUCGAGUGCUCUGUCAACACAUUGGUUUCCUAUCUGGUUUAUUGGAUGGUAAUCUUCCCAAAGACGCUUCGUUCGAUCCCCUUUAUUUGAACAACUGGUUCGGACAAAUCAUGAGACGAAUCGAAGAGGAACCGCUGAAAGAACAGUUGUUGAUUCUUAUCGAUGAUAUUCAUCGAUUGCAUCCGUUGGAAUGCAACAUAGUUGCCGCUCUGUCGUGGCUACCGUUAUAUUUGCCAGCAGGAGUGCACUUGGUAGUAACAACUGCUGUCCCGCCGGAGAUGUUGCGUCUCGCGCCCGCGCAGAAGGAAAUAUUGCGCAGCAGUGAAAUCCUAGUCGAACCUCAAGAUCCAGGUCCCGGUUCACCUGAAACCGAAAAUGUAUUCGACGUAUUAGAGGAACUCGUAGGCGAGACAGCCGCCAAUAGAAUUGGCGCCAUAUUGGCUUGCACGGAAUACGGUUUCUCUGAAACAGAAAUUCUCGAGGCGAUCAUGCAAACUACGGACGACGGACCCUCGUCGCUUGAGGACGGACUGUUUAAUUUUUCAACUUGGUGCUUGGUCAGAAGGACACUCGACGAAAGUCUCAGGGUUCGCGUGAUGAGUGGAAUGCUACUAUUUAGUUGGCGGCAUCCGAUUCGCGAUCUAGCUCGAAAGAAAUAUUUUCUCAACCACGAGACUCUGAAGAGCUACGAUGGAGAAGCUGCGAAUCUUUUCUUUUGGGAAGACUUCGAUCUCAAGGAUGACAAAUCAUCGCCGGAAGUGGAAACUCCGAAGAAGGAGACGCCUUAUCAAAGUAGACCAGUAUCGCAGGAUAGAGCGUACAACCUAAGGCACGUCGAGGAAGCUUGGUUGCACCUACUUCAAGCCGGCGAUGUGGAGCAUCUGAAGAAACUAGCCGUUUGCGCGUUCGAUUUCCUUCUUGCGGCCGUGCAAAUGAUUUCCGUCAGUUACGUGAGAUGCGUUUUGGAGCAUUCACGGAGGUACCUUCUCGAGAGGGACUUGGAGUUAGUUUAUUACACUGUGAGAAAGUCCAACGAUAUCUUAACAAGAGAUCCCCUGCAACUUGCAGCACAACUUAUUUGCUGGCUAAGACCUGUGGCUGAAGAUGGAAGCGAUUUGGUUAGCAAAAUGGUAACAGCAGCAAUGGCUUGGUGUGAUGGUUACACUGCUCCGCUAUUGGUGCCAUUGAAUAGCUGGCUUCAACCACCUUUACCUCUUCAAAUACGCAGUUUAUCUUGCCCGCAAGGAGUGAAACUCGUCGAGGCUGCACCUUCCGGACAGCACGUUAUCGUUGUUCCUUUCCAAGGAGAUGCUCAACUCUGGCAUGUGAUGUCAGGCCAGUUGGUCCAUACCUUCUCUGGACAUUUGGGUCCAAUCUCGUGCUUAGCUGUAACACAACACUCACAGUAUUUGCUGACAGGCUCUGAGGACACGUCGAUUAUAGUGUGGAAUAUGAAGACGCUAUCUUUGUCGUUGCGAAUCCAGGAACACAUCGCUCCAGUUUUGUGUUUGACCACGGCGCUCACGAAUUUUGUGAUUGUCAGUGGAGGUGAGGAUUCGAGAAUUAUCGUGACAAGUUUGCAGAACGGCGAGGUUCUGACCAGAGUCGACCACCAUAGAGGCCCGGUGAACUCGAUUCGCGUCGAUUCUGCUGGGGAGAUUCUUGUAUCUGGCUCUUCCGACUGUACCGUCUGUUUAUGGUGUCUAAAGAAAUUCACCAUGUUGAAGUGCAUCGUUUUACCGUCGCCUGUGACGAUGCUGGACGUAUCAGCGGAUUCUGUUUUCCUGUUGGCUGUCUGCGAGGACCAGAAAUUGUACUUGAGAUCUUUGGCCACGGGAACGGAGAUUCACACGCUCAGAGGCCAUCAGGGUGUAGUAAAAAGUAUUUGUCUGGCGAAAGAUUGUAGAAGAGCGAUCGUUGGUGGAACCAAUGGCAAGGUUUCCAUUUUUGAUAUGCACAGUGGAAGAUUGACGAGGACGUUAUCCACGAAUCCAUCGUCGGACGUUACUUCAGUCAAAGUGACGGAAAAGGACGACUUUUUGAUAACGGCUGCCGAGAAUCGAGUAACGUAUUGGAGUUUCCGGGGAGAGGAAGCAUUUUCCAAACCUAAAAAAACUGGCAAGCAAGAAUCUUUGCAUCCGCACACGGCCUCUAUCUCUUGUUUGGAUAUAUCUAGAGACGGAGCAAUGGCGGUCACCGGUGGAGUCGACUCACUCGUCAAUCUAUGGCAGUUGAAUACGCACGAAUUGCUUUCUACUUUCGAAGGGCAUAUUGCCAGCGUUACGUGCAUCGCAUUCUCAGCUUCUGGUUUAUUCAUCGCUUCAGGUUCGGAAGACAAAACGGUUCGCGUUUGGGGUUUGACGUUGGGCUUGGUGGUAGCAACGUUUAAACAUCAAGCACCGGUCACGUCGGUAACAGCAAUGUUCGACGGCCGAAGAAUUGUGAGUUCUGACCGAGGGGGCGCAAUUCGAGUCUGGGCGGCCGAUACUGGAACUUUAAUUCAGUCCGUGUGUGGACCAGGCCGUUGCAUCACAGUCUCUCCUGAUAUGAGGUUUGCAGUAUGUGGAACAGGUGACAAUCAAGUACGAAUAGUAAGCUUAGGAGCUGGCCCAGAGGAGAAGUAUCAGGUGACGCAUUCCCAAGACAUUACCUGUCUCGUGGUUACUCCGGACUCUCGAUCUUUGAUUACGGGUUCCAUAGAUAUGAGUUUGAAAGUCUGGCAACUCGCCAGUGGCAAAUUAUCGCAGGUUCUUGUGGGUCAUACGGACCACGUAACCUGCGUCGCAGUUUCCGUCCUCGACAAGUCCAUCGUAGUAUCCGGCUCCAGGGACGCUAACCUCAUUGUUUGGGAUAUUAACACCGGAUCAGAUCUUCACACUCUGAAAGGCCAUUUGGGUUUCAUCACGUGCGUAAAAUUGUCAGGCGACGGGAGCCUCGCUGCGUCGGGUAGCGAGGAUAAGAGUCUCAUUAUUUGGGACACGAAAAAGGGCUGUUCUCUGAGCAGCAUUAUGUUACACGUGCCGGUUGUGGGCUUCGAGGUGUCCACAGACCUUUCUAGAUUAGCGCUGCAUCUUCUCGAGCACAAGUGCAUGCCUAUUCUCUGUUUACAUAAUACCCCGGCGCAGUACGUCAAGUUGCCGGAUUACGUUGCCCCUUGGUGCGAUAUUAGAGACAUGAGACCUGCUGGCCCAAAGAGACCGAAUAAGAGACUGCUGAAGAAGGAGGUAUCGCUGGAUAGCGACACGUGGCAGAGGAAAUACGGCCAUCUUACAUCAGGGAUAUCAGCGUCUUCGGUGGAAAAUUUACAACGACGAUUUAGUGUAAGCGCUUCCAUGGAUGAUUUCAGUAAAGUUGGAUUAACAAAUAGCCCGUCUGGACUUGGUCCAGAGCAGGCAGCUCUUGCUCAGUCACAACAUUUUGACCAACUUGAAGCUCUCUGGAACAAACAGUCCCCGCCUUCUAGACCACGACUUCAUGGUAGAACAUUGUCCAAACAAAGUUCGUUGCAGGCUACACUAAUAUCUGAUUCUGAAGAAGAAGAUGUACCAGUUUAAAAUAAUGUUUCAUUAGAAGACGAAUGGAGUAAACUCUACAAAAUUCUAAUCGUCGCACCUUCUCUUCUCAUCGAUUGUCUUUCAAGGAAAUAAAACAAAUAAAAAAACCUAAAAAAAGAAAUGAAGAGUACAUCCCUACAAGAAGCUCCAAGUUUACGAAUUUUUCGUGUCCGAUGCAAUAAACUAUAGACGUAUCUAUAGACGUACGAAUAGACGUACACAUAUAUGUAUAUAUGUAUUGGGUUGUCCGGAAAGUCCAUGUCAAUUUUUGGUAGGUGGUACACGUUGAAUAUAUCGAAGUGGUUGAAAACAAAUAACAUACAUCCCUUAAAAGGUGAAAAGGUUUUGGAACAAAAUGGCACCUAUGUCAUUCAAUAAAUAUAUAGUAAAAUUCAAACGUGUUUUUGAA